AUGCACUUGCUAAUCUACUUGGUCCACCUGGCUGCCUUUGUUGAUGCCAUCCUUCCUGAGACAUACCACGAACAUCGCCUCAAGAAACGCGGCUCUGCUUUGAUUCCCUCGGAUUGCUUCUCCAGCGACCAGGCUUUGUACAAGUACUUUUCACCAAAUUAUCCAUGGGGCGACCACCACAACGGCGCGGCACUCAUGUCGCAAGCGCAGGUCAGUGCUGCUAAGGGCUUCUUGUCGCUCAGGUCGGACUACACUGGCGCUGCCAAUUGGUCCUAUAACUCGGGCACGGUAUAUGCGAAUCAGCAUUUUACUGUGCCGACCGGCGGUGGCCUUGACUUCGAAGCAAGCUACCAGGCCAACACAGAGCCAGGCUGCUGGCCUGCUUUCUGGCUGACAGCGGUUAACGGCUGGCCUCCAGAGAUCGAUCUUGCCGAGUGGAAGGGCAGUGGAAAGGUCAGCUUCAACACCUUCAACACCAGCUCACACGUGGCAUCACUUGAUGUGCCUUACCCGAACCCUGGAUCAUGGCAUUCGAUUAGAAACGAGCUACGUGCUGAAGCUGACGGCUCCACACUCGCGAUCUCUUUCUAUCUUGACGGUCGCCUCAUAACGAAACAAUAUGGCGCCAACAUGGUGAAUGCGCCUUUCUGGCUCAUUAUCGAUUACCAGAUGCUCGGAAGUAGCGGCAAGACUGGACCUCAUGAGACAACCUAUUUCAAUGUACGAGGCUUGACGGUGGCGAGCUACCCAUAGAGCAGGUCUUGAAACGAUACUACAAUGCUAAAGUUGCGCCGCGGUGGCACGGAGUGAUUGCUGAGAUUGCUAGAGAGUAUCAGCUUCAUUCAUAGCAUCGUCCGGGCCAGAUCAAUGGUCUAAAACACGCAUUGCUCACGCCAUGGCACGUCCGGAGACAGCUGAGGUCAUCGCUUUGUGUGGGACAUGCUAGUCUGCGCAAAUGUACAAUCGUCAUCCUAUGUAUCUCUAA